CCUAUCCUUCAAAUGAAAUUCAUGAGUGAUAUUUUUCGUGGAGCAAAUUCUAGCCUCAUAGACGGAGUGUUCCAGGCAUGGCCCUCCUCCCACCAGUCGAGCGUCCGCCGAAGACUACGGAUGCCGGAGCAGCUAGAGCCGAACUUCUUGGAUGAGCCGGAGACGUUCUCUGUUUUGCGACUUGUCUUCAAGGUCAUUAAGAUCGGCGUACUCCUGCUGAUCUGGGGCUUCUUCACCUACGUUCUGGUGCGGAUCUCCACCGUGCCGGAUGCUACAACGGUGGUCACCGUGUUGCCCAACGAAACCCACCUCCGCCGGGUGAAAUUGCCAAACGAUGCCACCAGGAUAACUCUGAAAGGUCCCAUAGAUUUGGAUUUGCAGAAGUACAAAGGAGAUGCCAAGGAUACGCCCUUUGUGGCUCUGCGAGUGGAGUGGCGGGAUCGGGACUUGAAUAAGACAUUCCGCCGCUCCAGAAUGUGGGCUAUCUACCUGCUGAAAGACGAGGGUCGCUUCACGGAAGUCAGCGGCACCUUCAAGAUUUCGCCGACGACAGACCGCAAUGCGAAGGCCGUGAUCUCACUGGAAGGCCGGAACGAGGAGCCGGUGUCCCUGCUCAUGGAGGUCUCCUCCCACCCCAUGGUCACCGAUUACGGAGUCCUCUACGCCGCCCUGCUGUUACUAGGUCUGUAUAUCCUGAUCGUCUUCGAGCUCACGGAUCGCACCUUCGCCGCUCUCCUGAUGGCCACCACUGGGAUAGCGAUCCUCACGGCGCUGGGGAAUCGACCCACCCUGGAGAAUAUCAUCGCCUGGAUCGACUUCGAGACCCUGAUGCUGCUGCUGGGAAUGAUGAUUUUGGUGGCCAUAAUGUCGGAGACGGGAAUCUUCGACUGGAUGGCCGUGCUGGCCUACAGGAUCUCCAAGGGUCAUCCCUGGCCGCUGCUCGUUUUACUGAGUUCCAUCACCGCCAUCAUGUCCUGUAUCCUGGACAACGUGACCAUGCUGCUUCUAAUGGCGCCCAUUGCCAUCCGCUUGUGCGAGGCCAUGGAAGUGCAAACACCUCUGGUCCUCAUAGUAGUGGUAAUGUACUCCAAUAUCGGAGGCACCCUCACUCCGGUGGGCGACCCGCCCAAUGUGAUCAUAGCCACCAACCCGGAGGUGAUUGCCCAGGGCGUGGACUUCCUGGUCUUCACUCUACACAUGCUGCCCGGAGUUCUGGUGGCACUGAUAGCGGGCUUCGGGGUCUUCUACCUGACCAUGAGGAAAUCCCUGUUCAAGCUGCAGGAUCGACAAGUUGAGCUGGCUGCCGAGAGGGAGGCCAAUAGACGAAGGAUGAGCGCGGAAAUCUCAGCCCGAGCGACGGAGAUGCGGGAUCGCCAGUCGGCAAGACAGUGUCUGAAACCCUCGUCGAACUAUUUCGAGACCCUGGCCCAUCUGGAGGCACAUCAUCGGAUUCGCAACAAGACGCUGCUGAUCAAGUGCAUGUUCACCCUGGUCUUUGUGGUCAUAUGCUUCCUGCUGCACUCGCUGCCCUUCAUGGCCGGCGCCACCUUGGGCUGGGUAUCCAUGCUGGCCGCCUUCCUGCUCCUUAUUCUGGCCAAGAUGAACGACAUCGAGGAAAUACUCGACCAGGUCGAGUGGUCGGCCCUGCUCUUCCUGGCCGCCCUGCUAGUGCUCACCGAGGCGGUGGCCCAGUUGGGUUUCAUCCACUGGCUGAGUGAACACACGGUCAGGGUGAUCAUGAGCGUGGAGGAGAAGCACCAGACCACGGUGGGCGUUCUGGUGAUCCUCUGGCUGACCACCCUGCUGGCGGCCUUCGUCGGCAACGUCCCGGUGACCACCAUGAUGCUCCGGCUGACCAUCGAGCUGCACCACAACGACGCCAUCAGUGUGCCCCACACGCCCCUCAUCUGGGCCCUGUCCUACGGCGCCUGCUUCGGCGGCAACGGCACCCUGAUUGGGGCCUCGGCCAAUGUGGUCGCCGCCGCGAUCGCCCACCAGUACGGCUAUAAGAUCUCCUUCGUCCAGUUCUUCAUCUACGGCUUCCCCAUGGUGCUGGCCACCGUUUCCCUGGCUACCGUCUACCUCCUCCUCGCCCACUCGGUGUUCACCUGGCACAAAACGUAGGCUCCCGGGCUCCGACUCCGACGGCAGGCCCUUCUCGGAGUUGCGAUAGAUGGGGUGUUCAGUCUAUCUAGACGCCACUCCGACAAGAGUCUCAAUGUGGGUUCUUGUGGUCCCGAGAUACGUGUAUCGAUUUGGAUCGCAUGUACGCAUCAUGUACAUUUAGUAAAGUAUAAAGUGGAACUCUCGAUUACUGUCGCCCAAUAAA